CACCAUCACAAAGUGCGCGUCUGUCCACUUAUCAAGACAAAAGCCAUACAGCAGUUUCCUCCCUGUCUCUCCCUCCUUCUCCGAACUGCAAAAUCUCUAUUUAAGAGCAUCAAAUAACCUCCCUGUUUCUUAUCCACAUACUUUUGUCUGAACUUUUUGUUCGCGGUAUUGUUGUAAGCAUCAAAUGCUCUCCGUUUCCUACCAAAACAAUCUCUUCUCCAAGUACAGCAAAAUCCCUUUUGAGAGAACCCGUGUUUAGUUUUCAAGAAAGAAAGAAAAAGAAGAGCAAAUUUAGGGUUGUAUAAUUUGAGGUUGCUGUCAAACAAAUCAAACCUUCACCAGAAAUCUGGUAUUGAGUCUCUUGUGUGGCAUAAACAUGAGGUGCUUUUCUUUCUAUCUCACAAACUUAACAAAUCUCCUCAACUUUCUUUUCCCAUUUCUUAUUAAAAUCCCAUCAAAGUGUUUGCCUGUGCAAAUUGAGAAUAUGGUCGCUUUGGUUUCUCGUACUGGCAGACAUCUUCAACGUUAUGAGAAAGGCUAUCGCCUUGUUGUAGGGUGCAUUCCAUAUAGAUACAAGAAAUCACAGGAACCAACUUCAGUUGAAGAUUUAGAAGUCCUUGUCAUUAGUGCGCAAAAUGGUCAAGGAAUGUUGUUCCCAAAGGUACUAAUACUAUGUUGCUUACACCAACAGGCUCGUUAUCAUCAUUUGGUUUUUAAGAUUACUGUGUUUAGUCAUUUCUUUAUUUUCUUAACUAAUAGUCUGCUCUAUAUUGAACAGGGAGGAUGGGAAAAUGAUGAAUGUAUGGAAGAGGCAGCGAAGCGAGAGACGGAGGAGGAAGCAGGAGUUAUUGGUGUUGUUCAGGAUAAAUUAGGCCCAUGGCAUUACAAGAGCAAAAGGAGUUGCAUAAUGCAUGAGAGCUACAUGUUUCCUCUGCUUGUUAAAAAAGAAUUAGACUGUUGGCCGGAGAAAAAUAUCCGAAAACGAAGAUGGGUUUCUAUUAAUGAAGCUAGAGAAGUUUGCCAUAAUUGGUGGAUGCGAGAAGCUUUAGAAGAAUUAUUUAGGCAACAAAGUCGAAAUCUCCAAGCACAAAGUUAGGAAACCUGGAACAAAUGCAGCAACUGCUUGUAAAUUGAACAUUUGUCAACGGCCAUAGGGUUUUCAACCUAGAAUAGGUUACUGAGCAUCUUGUAGAUGAAGUGCAAAUGGUGGUCGUCUUUAUUAGUUGGUGUACAAAUUUUGAUUCAUUGAUUCUUUCAAGCAAUAAGCUCGAUUCUUUACCA